AUGUCUUUCUUAAGAAAAUCACUUGAAAUCUUCAACUUUGGAGGAUCAAACUCGACACCAUCAUUCAGCAAUACAUCAUCUUUGGAGACUUCAAUGGAGAUCCCAAGGCCACUGUCACCGACAUCUCACAGCGUAUCAAAGUCAUCAUCUAUUGAGAUCCCUGCUAGAACAGAGAGGGAGUCAUCAUGGUUCAGAAUGGUUCAGGUUGUUGAGGCUGGAUCACUA